GGGAGACCAGAUAUAGUGAAUGCAGGGCCGGGGGAGACCAGAUAUAGUGAAUGCAGGGUCCGGGGAGACCAGAUAUAGUGAAUGCAGGGUCCCGGGGAGACCGGAUAUAGUGAAUGCAGGGUCCGGGGAGACCGGAUAUAGUGAAUGCAGGGUCCGGGGAGACCGGAUAUAGUGAAUGCAGGGUCCGAGGAGACCAGCUAUAGUGAAUGCAGGGUCCGGGGGAGGAGACCAGAUAUAGUGAAUGCAGGGUCCGAGGGGAGACCGGAUAUAGUGAAUGCAGGGUCCGGGGAGACCAGAUAUAGUGAAUGCAGGGGUCCGGGGAGACCAGAUAUAGUGAAUGCAGGGUCCGGGGAGACCAGAUAUAGUGAACGCAGGGUCCGGGGAGACCAGAUAUAGUGAACGCAGGGUCCGGGGAGAGCAGAUAUAAUGAAUGCAGGGUCCGGGGAGAGCAGAUAUAAUGAAUGCAGGGUCCGGGGAGACC